AUGGCGGAUAACGUGGUGCUUGAUCUGAACCUGCUUCGAGGCUCUACACCUCGAGGUCAGGCAACUUACCUGCACAAUCUUCUCAACAGCCAUCCCGACGCAGAGUCAUCCAUCACUUCUCAGCUCAUCGCCCUCGUUGCUUCAGACUCUCUUCCCUCCAUUGCCCUCUCGUUAUGGCCCUCUGCCUCCAGGGAGCCUCAGACGACCAUCGCAGUGAUUCGACAGGAGCACUGCCUCAACGUCCAGCAAGCUGCCAUUGCACGAUUCUACCGCCUUCUAUGCAAAGAAAAGACGUUUGCAAAGACAUGGAAAGCCGCUGGCGGCGCGACGGGAAUCGCUCAGCUGAUGGCGAAGCUCAGUGUGAGCGGCGUGCGCUCCCUCGUUAAAUGGCUUGGAAUCACCGGUCGUGCACAAGGCGCCCGUAGAGAACGUCACAAGGCAAUGGAAGAGCUUCUGACUUUGCUCUGGGGACUCGACGGAGAUGAUAAUGCUGCAUUGGAUAGUCGUCCCCUGCGCGAUGAAUAUGUCAAGAUUCUUCCAGCUUGUGGUGGUGCUUUUCAAUUACAGUGGAAGCAAAUGAAGCGGCAGCUCCCCAAUGACUACUAUAUAGCUGUUGAGACGGACCACGAGUUCUUUGAGAAGCAUUACGAUGAAAAGCUGCGACGAAACGAAAUCAAAGCCUCCGAGUUCCUAACCGCGGUGCACCCUCUGGUCGUCCACCGCACCCAGUACGGCCUGGAUAUUCUGGACAGGUUCAUAGAUAGCGAGGCACUACUUGGAGCCUCUCCGGAUGAUCUCCUUGAGGCGGUAAUCAAUCCUCUAAGCAAGCGGUUUUUGUCAAGACGAAGGAUAGCCAGCGAUACCACGAUGCGCUUCUGGAGCCGUGUUAUGCAGUGUUUGAAAGAGCGCCGCCCAUUUCACGAAGACUUUGAGAAUUCGAGCGAGCACUAUAAACGGUUCCUUACUCGGUUAGUCAAAGUGUGGAAUCACUCACGCGGGCGAACUGAGUACACUGAGAUGUUGGCGGAGCUGUUCUCCCUUAUCCCUGAGACUGUUCUGAAGAGAUACUCGUUGGUGGAUCUCAUAAAGGAAACCACCCAGACACGAAGAUAUCAGCUCUUACGUUUAUUCUUGAAGAACACGAUAGGAUUUCAGUUUGAUAUUGGAGAGCCCCUUAGCUUGGAGUGCUCGGGGCUUGACAGGUCAUCAAUCCAAUGGCAUCCCGAGUUAUUCUCCCUCUUGCCGGCUGACGAGGCCUUGACCCUGUGGGAGAAAGUGCAAAGAGCCGGAAAAGAUGUUAGAUCUUGGAAUGGAGGUUGGACUUCCGAGUCCAUUUAUUAUUGCCAAGACCAAGACGACUCCAAUCUGGCCGACUGUCUCAUUAUGAGGGCCUAUUUGUUGCGUCGGAGCCAGGCUCCUCCAUUUACAGCAGCAGAAUUGUAUACCAUACGGUCUGAUCUUCGUCAAGAGGUUGCUAGGAGGAUGAAAAAGGCCACCCAGGGUCGCUUGCCCGAGAUAAGAUCGAAAUGGGCUGUGGCUGCUUUGGAGCUCUGCGUCGCGAUUGGGGAUCUCGAGCUUUAUGGAGAAACACUUCGCUGGGCAAGGCGGUUCAAUAAGGAUCCAUUGACGGUUCAGGAGAUCUACGGCGGAUGGUCCCUGAGGACGAGAGAAGUGACUGAUCUUGUGACUGUCUUGCCCACUAAAGAAAGUACACCAGUCAACGCCAAAGAGCUCAGCCAAAGGAUACAUUCUGCCAAUGACAUCCUGCAGAUCCUCUUCGACACGGCUAUGAUGGGUAUCAAUGAACCUAGCUUUCGCGGCUGGAACGAUUGGGGGCGUGCGUUUGAGUUGAUCAAUCGAGUGAUUUGCAAACGCAUCGCCCAUUUCAACGACUUUCAGGACCGGACCAAGAUGUCGGAUGACGCGUUGUAUGAAGCGUUAUGGACGCCAACACUCGCCCUGCUGGAAAAGAUGUUGCCGCAUAAACAUAUUCUUGCUCCCGAAGGCGAAGUAAAACUCGAUUACCAAGCCUAUUCCAACCUCUCUACCUUCCAAGUGGGAGAGCCUGAAACUCUGCGCGAGCCUACCAUUAUGUUUCUUGAUCAAUUAGCCAAGUUUGAGGAUUCGAUAUGGAAAGAGUUUCGCCUCCGGCAAACGCCGGCUUUGGUCACGGCUGAUGAGAUUUGGCCAAAAGGACUGGCUAUCCAACACUUGAAGUACAAUUUUGGUUCGGCUCUGCCAUACUUGCCGUAUGCGCGGUCACGGAUCAAAGCCAUUGUGAUUAUGAAUCCUCGCAAGAUUUUGCAGCCCAUCCAGGUUGAUGAAGAAACCCAGCUGGCAAUUGGACCGUUUAUAGAUAGCUGGGCCGCGGCUCUGCAGCAGUACAUUCGGAUGCCAGGCAAGCUCUCCAAAGAAGAGCAGCGGAAGAAGCGCAUCUCGAGGGCCUGGCAACAUGCUACCGUCAACCUGAGCAAAGGCCGCAUGUCCUCAGAAGAGGCCGAGAGGUUUUGGUGGCCUGUGUUUGAGGAUGUCGGUGUCAAGAAAGAUGAAGUUGGGAUUAAUGAAAAGGCAGAUCAACGACACGAACCGUCUCUUCCUGAUGCAGAUGAGGAUAUGCAGCCCAUUGAGUGGAAUCCGGACCCUGAUUAUGAACGCCUAUCGCAGACUGAAAAGAGCAAGACGCUUACGCCAACGUGUUUGGAUGUCUUGUUAAAUCGGCCAAAGGAUAGGCAUCUGCAUGAAUUCACCUCGACUGAGAGUUCUGUGUUUGAGUUUUGGAACGUGAAAUGCGUCAUUCCUAGGAAGCCUCGCCCCUUGUCCUUCUGGGACUCGUUCUCUACCACGUAUUCAAAGCUCACUUGCAAGCAUGUGGAUGCUUAUGUGGUUGCGGGAAUCCUAGCUUUCAACAUGAAGAAAGGCUCAGACAUCUCACUGCUCAAAAAGCCGUUUCCCAAUUCUGGGGCAGUGCGUAUUCCGGCGGUAUAUCUUGAUCAAGAGUUUCUAGAGAGAGAGGUUGACACGCACGUGUCUGGGUUUACUCGCAUAAUUGACCAUUUCAAGUAUUAUGUGCCAGCCAGCCUCUUCGCUCAGCUGGGGGCUUCGGUUCUCGAGAGUGUAAGAAGAGGGUCGGAAACAGAGAAACCGUGUGGUAUGUUGGUAUGGAUAAUUAACAAGCUCUUGGAAGGGGCCAGUCCCUCGAUGGCGAUCCCUUUGAUCCAGCAGUUUGUCUUGGAGAACCCGGAUGCAAGCUCAUGGCAUAGGCCGCUUCUUAACCCAAAGGCUCUCAUUCAUUUCCGCCCUGCCGAUGCGAAGCACUUCUUUGAGGCUUUUACGGAUGCCAUCUUGGAUAAGCUGCAAGAACAGGCAGAGAGGCGGGCGAAACAGAAGCCUGAUGAUGAAUGUGCAAACAAGGGACCGCUUGUCAAAGUCACCACGGUCAAAAUGCUGGCCCAGCUUCUGAGAGAAUCUCCUGUUGUGGACCCGGGUCUUGCGGUGGAAUUAAACAUCAAGAUUCUCAAGAGAGCAAGCCACGUUGAUAUUCGGACCGCUGCUGUCCAGGGAUUGACGGAAGCCAUAGCUAACACUGCCGAUCUCGAGGUGAAGAAGCGCAUAUUCGAUGCGUUGCUCAAGUAUGCCGCGCCUAUUGCAUCUUCAAUCAACGAAUCCCAGCCGUUGACGGAUUGGGAUGCUUUGACAUCUGAUGACGAGCUGCCUGAGAUAUGGAAAUCUACCGAUAGAACCUUGACCACUCCCACAAUCAUGGACCUCAUCUUGAACAUGCGUGUUGAGCGGGAUUGGCAGUCAGAAGAAGGCCGAGCGUAUAAGGAGCUCGUUUACACCAUUAUGGAUGCUUCGGCGGAAAACGAGCAACGAUGGAUGAGACUGUUCAUCAAGAAACAUGGUUUCACCAUGCCUGAUGACGCCCAGCUUCCCGCCAUACCCAUGUUUCCGACUGCGCUGGUAAAUCUUCUCGUGGUGAUGCAAACCGACAUUUCAGCCAAGUAUGUUGAUAUGGCAAAGCAGUAUCUAUUGCUGAGAAUGCAUCUUCCUGACUGGGUGUCUGCUAUAACCCAAGCUGUGAGAGCCGACCAGAAGCUGGUCAGCUCUAAUUCAGGCCAACAUUGGGGCAAUCUAUGGAACCAUGACUAUGACCGGUUGACAAAAAGUCUCCUUGAGACGAUUCGCCUCCAUCUUGUGAGGUUGGAGAAGACGAACGAUGAAAAGACUCAACAGGAAGACUCUCAUCAAUCGCAUGAGUCGUUUCUCUUUGAGAUUGCGGAUAUCAUCAUCAUGCAAGGGAACUUGAACAAGUUUAAUGAAUUCGUGAGCGACACAUUGACUGCUACUCAUGACAAUGCGGUUUGGGGGCGGAUUUUGGAGCGGAUCGACAGCCUUCGAACCCCGGAAUGGCAAGCCGAUCAGAAUCGAAAGCCAGCAGUCCUUCCAGAUACGCUGUCGCUCAAUAUCAAGAUGCUGACUUUACCCCUGUCAGCUUCACAGCCCAAUAAGAUUCAAGAGCUUGCGGCCAGGUGCGCAAGGAGGGCUGUAGAACUUCUACAUGACAUUGUGGCCAGCGGAGUUCCAUACCAGAACAGCUUCGACGCGCUUCAGAGGGAGUUGAUGAAUGCUAACCCCAAGGCCCCGAUGGCAAUCACGAUUGGUUCGACGCCUGCGCUUGACGACCCGAACAGCGUAUCGUUGGUGGAUCAUCUUCGCGUGGAGCUGGCGAUGGCCUUGCUGGAUCGGAGCUGGAUUUUCAGGCAGAGCAGUGGCAAGGGCAAUGAGGACGAUGUUUUGAAGCAGGCGGAAGAGCUGGUGAUGAAGGCGAGCAGGAGCAGCGUGGAGAAUUUCCGGAAUUUGGCGGCGCCGUUGAAGGCGAUUAUUGAGAAUACUGACGGUUGGGACUUGUUCUCAUGA